GAGCAAACCGCUGGAGAAACCAACCUCCGACAUGUCUCCCAACGGAUCUCAGUUGGUGAAGGAGGAGUCUCAUUCAACUGACACCCUCAGAGACUCUCAGAACGGCGACCAGCAAGACGAGACUCAAUAUCCCGGACCACUCAAGCUGACUCUCAUCGUGCUAAGCUUGAACCUUGCCAUGUUCCUCGUGGGACUCGACAACACCAUCAUUUCGAGCGCCAUCCCGAAGAUUACCGACCAAUUCCACGCGCUCGGCGACGUAGGCUGGUAUGCCAGCGCCUACCUCCUCACGAACUGCGCCUUCCAAUUGAUCUGGGGGAAGCUGUUCACCUUCUACGUCGUAAAAUGGGUCUACCUCACGGCGCUGUUCAUUUUCGAAUUGGGAUCGCUGCUCUGUGCCGUAGCCCCUAGCUCGACAGCUCUGAUUGUAGGUCGUGCCAUUGCAGGCAUCGGUGGCGGUGGUGUCGGAAACGGUUCCUUCCUGCUCAUCGCUCACUGUGUGCCGCCACGCCGACGUCCGGCGUUCAUCGGCAUGAUGGGCUCCAUGUACGGCAUUGCGUCAAUCACAGGCCCUCUGAUGGGAGGUGCCUUCACGGACAACAUCUCCUGGAGAUGGUGUUUCUACAUUAACCUGCCUCUUGGGGUGCUUCCCGCUGUCAUCAUUACCUUCUUCAUCGCCCCCUUCCGCGGUAGCAACAAGGGCGAGGCCGGUUUCCUCAACCAGCUCAAGCAGAUGGAUCUCCCAGGCACCGCGUGUCUGUUGCUCGGUGUCAUCUGCCUGCUGCUCGCCCUCCAGUGGGGCGGCUCCACCUACCCCUGGAAGAAUGACCGCAUCAUCGCUCUGUUUGUGCUAGCCGGCCUUCUCUUCAUCGCAUUCACUGCCAUCCAGUAUAAGAGCGGAGACCGUGCAACAGUCCCCAGCCGUGUCUUCAGCAACCGGAACGUCUGGGGGUCCGCUCUAUUCGGAUCCUGCGUGACAGCCGGCUUCUUCCUAUUGCUAUACUACAUCCCAAUCUGGCUACAAGCUGUCAAGGGCGCCAGCGCCAUCAAAUCCGGGGUCAUGAACCUGCCCAUGCUUCUGGGCAGCGUGAUCUUCUCCCUACUAGGCGGUGUCCUCACCUCCGCAAUCGGCUACUACAUGCCCUUCGCCUAUCUCACCGUGGUCCUCAUGUCCGUCGGCAGCGGCCUCCUCUCCACCCUGCAAGUCCACUCCGGCCACGCCCACUGGAUCGGCUACCAGUUCCUCGUCGGCGCCGGCGUGGGCAGCGGCCUGCAGACAGCCUUCGCCGCCCCACAAUGCGUGCUCCCCCUCGAAGACAUCCCCAUCGGCACCGCCGUCGUCAUCUUCACAGAAAACCUAUCCGCCGCUGUCUUCGUGUCGGUCGCCCAGAACGUCUUCUCCAACCAGCUGAGAACCAACCUGGCCAUGUACGUGCCUGAGGCUGACGCGAGUGCUAUUUUAUCCGGCGGCGCGACCGAUAUCAACAAUCUCGUGCCGCAGCAUCUUUACCAGGCUGUGCUGUUUGCGUAUAACAAGGCCUUGAAUCAGACGUUUUAUGUGGCGGUCGCGCUGUCCUGCUGUGCCGUGCUGGGAGUUCUUGGUAUGCAGUGGGUGUCGGUGAAGAAGAGUAAGGAUGAUACGCCAUCUUAA